AUGGAUCACGACCAAGAAUCCUUCAGCCUUCCUCCGGCGUAUUCGGAGCAACCUCCCGCUGCCGCGCCGGUCUCUACAACCGGCACCCAGCGAGUGAUUCCGUUGGUACCGCCUAGGACUUCGCCGCCGCCGCAAGAGGCCGAGCUACGUCAAAGGGUUCCGCCGCCGCAGGUUCCUGCUGUGCAGGCCCCUCACGUAGACUCGGAGCCCGAAGUCAUCGAGGCUCACGAGUACGAAAACCCAACGGCUAGCCACCAACUUGCCGAUGAAACCAAGAAUAAGCCUAUCGAAGAAAAGGGCUUCGCGGAACUUCGCCAUGGAGAACCCGAAAUCAAGGAUAUGGGGUGGAAUGAGAGUCCCGACCUGGUUCCAAACCCUCUUGUUGGCGGGUUGACAAACGAGCAGGUUUGGCUCCUUGUCCGUCGAUUUAACAAGCAAAUAUUCCACGUUCAAUCGCUUCCAGAGGCUCCUAUCGGCGAGUUGGAUUUCACAACCGCGAGCGAGGAAGAGUUUUCUCCCGAUAAGCUGCGCGCCCACCUCGAGCGCUUCUACAUGAGCGUUGUCGUCGUCCUUUUCGCCUUUUGGAAACACAUCGUCCGUCUACGAUCCUGGCGCGAGACCAGACGCACCGUGUCCUUCCUAUCCGUCUACACCGUAGCCUGGCUCCUCGACCUCGUCGUGCCCACCCUCGUCGGCUUCCUCAUCAUCCUCACGGGCGGGCUCAAGAAACCCGAAGCCGGUGUGCUCGGCUCCGGCGACUCCGUCACCGGCGCGCCCGAGAAGCACCGCGGCGAAGCUGUGGAGCAGGAGGCGCACAACUUCGUGUCCAGCAUUUCCACGCUCGUGGUCAGCACCGCGGCGGGUAAGCACCCCCAAGGGGACCCUCCCAAGGAAGGUGACAAGGAGACGGAGGCGCCGGACCCGACUAAGGCGGCGGCUAAUCUCGUCGAUGCGAAAAUGUCCGCCGCGGGCGGCAAACCCAACGCGCACCACGACAAGACGAAGCAGCCGGUGUCGGAAGCGGUAUGGGUCAAGGCGAGGCCCGUGAUGCACGGCUUGUCGGACUUGGUGGAUAACUUUGAAAGGAUGGGGAACGCUUUGAGCCCCACGGCUCCGUUCCCUCAACACAAGCCUCGUCUCAUCUUGGCGUCGUGUCUCGCGCCUGUGUUUUUGCUCUCUCUCUUGACCACCUCGUACAUGGCUAUGAAGACCACUGGGUUCCUCACCGGAUUCCUAUUCUUCGGCGACCCCGUCUUGCAGCGUGGCCUAGUCUACGUGAACAGGACAUAUCCCCGCUGGAAGAAGUAUGUUGAGCUGCAGAAUACGCUGCUCAAAGGUGUACCCACCAACGCCCAGCUCACCAUCACCCUCCUACGUAUUGGCAUCCCCCGAAGAUCUGGACCAUUUAGUAAGGGCCACAAGAUCAUGCGCUUCUUUAAGGGAACGACCAAGGGAGGUAUCAGCACCACCGAGGCGGCGGACAAGGUCAAGGCCAAGGUGGGCGCGAAGCAUGCUAAGCAGCGCCUCGGCGUCAUCCGCAGGGAGUCCAACCCCGAUACCGGUCCCGUGCAGUUCCCCGCGCGGUGGGACGGUAAGAAGGGUCACGCCUACAUCACGACGACGGCGACGACGCCCGCGUUGAGCUGGACGGCCGAGAAUACCGAUAUGAACCCUGCCUGGACCAUUGCCGUGGAGGAUAUUGUGGAUGUACGUAAGAUGGGCGGCCUUGGGUGGAAGUCCAAGAUUCUUGUAGGGUGGGCGACGGACCAUGAGGUUGCGGAUGGCCUCUACGUUACUGAUGUACUCGGUCACGAAUACCACCUCACGGCGAUUCUCACAAGGGACGAGCUGUUCAAUCGUCUGGUGGCCAUGGGGUCUCAGAUGUGGGAGGCUUGGUAA